CAAACCGGAUUUGUAGGUGAUGGUGCUGCCACCAUUGAUUGAAUCUGAAUUUGUCCCCCAGUUUUAAUCAAGGGUAAAAAAAUGAAAAAUUAACCUGUACCUUUUAUAAAACUGUAUUGAUAGAACAAUGCUAAGACAAGCAGCCAAUCUUACUCAACGUACUAUCAGUCAAACAGCAGUAAAGCAAUUUUCGACUAGCUCUGCAGCACUCGUUGGACGUCAAACAACUGGUCGCAGAAAACCCGCUAAGAAAUACGAUGUUGACGACAUGCCAAAGUUCAACUUUGACGAUCAGACGACCAUCGGUCACGAACUCUUUAAUAACAUACGAGAAGUUCGCAAAUACCUUAGAAAAACUGAAUUCGAACUGCCUAAAUUGAGUGCUUAUGCCAAACCUUUUGAACCACCAAAAGCAAGCCAUAUAUUAAAGUUCAAAACACAUACAUAUGUUGGUGAAGGACAUCCUGUUGAACGCAAAGUCGUAUUGAGUGUUAAAGUGGAUGAUUUGAAGUUAGAUGCUGAAGAGAAACACAAAUUUUUACUUUUGAGUGGACCUCGAUACAAUGUCAACACUGGCGAAUUGACCAUGUCUUGCGAAAGAUUUCCUCAAAUUAAACAAAAUAAAAAGUUCUUGAUUGACGCUUUGAAAAAGUUAGUUAAAGAAGCAAAGGAUAAGACCGAUACUUUUGCAGAUGUGCCUUUGAAUCUACCCAAGCCAAAGCAAAGACUAGAAUUUCCUAAAGAAUGGAUUCGAUCGUAUAACAAAGAGACAAGUGUUUCAACACAGUCACCAUCAUCAUCAGCUGAAAGUGCAAAGAUUAUUUCGAGUGCGGAUACAGCAUCUUCUUCAAACAACACGACUCCUGACGACAAGACCUCUGAAGUCUCUAAUAAAAUGUCAGAUAAUGCUGAAGUGCAAAAGCAAUCAGCUUGAGCAAUCAAUUAGAAAACAAAUUGGAAAGCAUAAUUAUGAUGAUGAGCGUGUAUCUGUAAUCAAUAUACCUCAUGCAACUUUUGUAAAGAAUACUGCAGUCUUGUACAAUUAAUUUCAACAACGGAUAAAUAAUAAAAAGAAAGCGCAAAGUUCGUAACAAUGCACAAAAGAAUGC